ACCUCAGAUCUGAAGAAUGAAUCACCUCUCAAAGUCAGGAUGAUAAAUGACCAACUCAUGCUGUUGGACCGAGCAUUCUUGGACCCACUGGCUUUCCCAGAUAAACAUGCUUACAGGCAUGUGAUCUGGGCCUCGAGCAGCGCUGGGAAACCUACCUUCCCCGGUUUGGCUGAUGCCUUCGAUAAAGCUGCGUCAUCAGGACAGAAGAAUGACUGGGACCAUGUACACUACCACCUGUCUGUCCUGACCCAGGCAAUAGAGGGCGCUGCACACACAUUAACUAACACCAUUUAGUCCAGAGAGGGAGGAGAACUUGAGCACUCCAGGAUUUAUGACAUGAUAUUCUGACUUAAUCUAUAAUAAUAAAAUAAACAAUAAAAUGUAUCAUCGUCCCUUCAUGAAACAAAUUGAAGCAAUGAAGCAAUUUUUGCUACUUAUUUGGAAUUAAUUUUAUGUUACUGCCAUUUAUAUGUUUGCUUUUUGUUAUAAUAUUAUAUUAUAUGGGGAUGUGUGAG